AUGACGACCACGACGACCACUGGCGCCGCUGACACUGCCACCCCCAUAUGGCCACCCCCACCGCCAAGGACACCGCACUUCCACUGGCAGGCCACUACUCGACCUCCACUACCGCUAGCACUGCAGCGUAGCAGGACCAGUAUCUUCAUGAUGGCUGCUGCAAUUAGUGCUCUGCUCUGCUUCAGGGUCUCCCGCGACGCUGCGCUGCCCGCGGCAUUGCGGAUUCCAGACCUGGUGGUCCGCAGGAGCUUUAAAGUAUCACACAGCGUUGCUGCGCGAGCCCCUGUCGUUCUGGUAUCUCGGCAGCACAUGCUCAGUCAUCUCUUUGAAGUGGAUGCCACCUUGCACAUACUCGAUGCGACCGCCAGAACGUCAGAGGAUGUGGCGCGGUUGCACACGCAUUGCCGCUUCAUUGGCGGAAACUGGUGUGGUACAGAUGAACGACUGCUGGAGCUGAACGAGCUCUUUGAGGAGGUCGUGUUGGACUGUCACACCGGAGAUCACAAGGCGCGGCACCACUUCCUGAGAUCUGCACGCGAGUAUCACGACCGAUUUGUGCGGCUAAUGGGCAAUGAUCCCCAGCUGCUUUCUGCUGAUCUCUUCAUGUGCGGGGAGCCGGUUCUUUUCUGCCGGCUCUUGUCGCAUUUUGGCCGACCUGUGAUUGGAUACAUUUCAACGCCCAUCUCUGUGUACGUUCGGGCCGAAGAUCGGUCUGAGUGGUACCAGCAGUUCUAUGAAAUGGCCUUGGACGAGCGGCAUAUCUUUGCUGCCACCACGCCGCUUUUUGCCGAGUGGGUUGCGUAUGGCACUGGCAUAUCGUUGCCGGUCAUUCGACCCAUGUGUACAUAUACCGAGGCAACAUACUGGCCAAAGAGAGCGCAGGAGGUGCUGCUCCUGCGAACAAUUAGCUUGUUCUGGGACACAGAGUGUGUCCUGAACUAUUUCGCUCGUGCCUAUGCAGACUCAUCAGCAUCUCCAACGCUAAGCUUCCGAGAGUCCGCCAGCCUUUCCGAGAAGGAGCGGAUGGGCUACAGCGCCUUCUCGGAGUUUUUGGCUGCCGUGAUAUAUCCAUACAGCCCAAGCCAGUUCUGGUUCUAUGAGUUGUAUGCCAUGGGUGUUCCGAUCUACAUGCCCUCGCGCGACACGCUGCCUCUCUACGUGAGUCAGGACUACUCUAUCUGUCCGGACUUUGAAGGCAGCCGUCCCGGGCACGCCCCAGAUCGGGUACAUCCGCAUUCACCCUUUGACACAGAUGACUGGGCUGCGAUGACGUAUUGGGCAGCUUUCACUGACUACCUGACUCUGCCGCACAUCUCUCAUUUCGACUCCGUGCCAAGCUUGCUCAGGCAGCUGCAUGCCGCCGAUCAUCAAAAGAUUAGUCACUCCAUGCAACGGGCGCAUAUGGAGCACUUGGGUGUGGCGAUGAGCUUCUGGAGCCAGGCUUUGGAGCUCGUCGCCUCGCUUCGAGGGGUGCCCCGCAUGGUGAGCCGUACGGAGCAGGUGGCCGGGGACCUGGAUGCUUCGGACGAGCAUCGAGAUCUGUCUACGCGCCAGCCAAGUGGUGGCUCUCCGGCUCGUGUGGAUGGUGCCCACCGGCUGGCCAAUGAUGGUGAGACCCGACAGGACCAUCCGCACGAGUACCACUUUGACUUAGACGCUGCGAACAAGGUUGCUGGAGGCAGGUAUGUUGGUGGCUCCCAUUGGUGGGUGAAGAUGCGGAGGAUGGCGACCGACCCAGAGGUCAAAGUCUGGUCCAGAGACUGUUGCACAGAAACCUACGGCAAAGUCCUGUUUUUCCUACUUGGCAACAGCUCCGACAUCCUGAGCGCGACGGACUGCGCUUCGCUGAAGGUGCCAAGCAAAGUGCAGGUUUCGACCAUCUGCCCCGGCACAGGGGAGUAUCUUUUCGUUGAGGCCCGCCCGCAUGUGGGAGAUGAAUAUUCCGACAGUGCUGUCGCCGUCUUGAUGCUGCCAGAGGUGCGCGUCUUGAGCCGUGACUGA